AUGUCCACAGAACCUUCUGAUACUGAUGCCUUCCAGUUAUAUGACCUCCGUGUGGAAGUCAUAUGUCCACCUGGCAAACGUAUUCUCUGUGGUGCUAGAGACGGCGACCACUUCCGCCUGGAGGGUGAGAUGCUUUAUCUCCCCGCCGAGCAGGGUUUCUCGAUCUACUCCCUCGGUUCUGUUUUGCCGUUACUCGCUGCUAAGCAACGGGUGACUAGCGCCAACGAUUGGAUGUCCACGGACGCCGAAAUCGCUUGUCCGGACCCAAGCUGUCCAUCACGUCUCAAAGUUACGAGAACGGGUUUACGAACUUUCAAGCACUCGGAGGUCACCGCGGUCAGCCGCGGUCCCGCUGCACCCAACAUCCGAUGAGAAAGACCGGGGUUGAAAUGCGGCCCUAUAUGUAUGGAGGUGGUGUAGGUGACGUCAAGCAUGCCAGUGGAGUGUCUCGUUGAUACAACGGAGGUGAGGAUGCUUGAGCCAAAAGGUAGGCAAGAAAUUAGGAUAUACCUACUUACCUGUCUUGAUUGCCGCCAAUGCCGAGAGGUUUUCUGCUCAGCGCUGCAAUCAGCUACGGUUAUGGCCCGAGAACGAGGACCGUAAGGCCAAGUUGUACCGGGCGUAUGAAAAACCUCCGCCACCAUCGCAAAACAAUUCCGAAUAACCAGGGAUUUUACGAGCAACAAGCAUACACACGCACGGCGGCAAACAUUGACUUGUGUUGGUCUCAUUGAAUUUACUGUUGAACCCAGGCUGUCACUCAAUCGAAGAAACGUGAUGCCAAAUGCCGCUCCCCCGUGAUGCGUUUGUGCUAUAUCCAUCUUCGUAACAACGAUGCAGAAAUCUUUGGAGAUCGGAGGAGCUGUACCGGUGCUAACGCCGGGUCCUCCACCCCCCGAAAACAGAUAUAAGAGAGUCACAACUCACCAAGAAGUCCUCAACGACUUUGAUUCUUGCCUACCAGCUUUCAAGCCAAACCGUCACUCUCUUACCACUCGCUCUUUAACCAUCUAACAAGAUGUUCACCCGUGUUGCUUCCGUUGUCGCCCUCGCUGCCUUCGCCCUUGCUGCCCCUGCCCCUGCCAACCAGUGCAACACUGGUUCUGCGCAGUGCUGCAACAGCGUUCAGAGCGCCAACUCUACUGAGGUCACCAACAUCCUUGGUCCUCUCGGCGUCGUCCUCGGCGAUCUUACCGCCCAGGUUGGCCUCCAGUGCAGCCCCCUGUCCAUCCUCAGCACUGGCGGCAACACCUGCAGCCAGCAGCCUGUCUGCUGCACCGGCAACAACAUC